AUGACCCGUCGUGCCGUCCCCCGGCCCGCAGGGGCUGCGACAGAGCGGUUCAGGCAGUCGGCCCUCCAGCCAGCACGUGGAGAUGCACAGUCACAGGCAACAGGACGGCCCCGGUUAGCAACUUACCUGGAAUACGAGUACCCCGACAACGCCUUCCAGGGCGGUUCGUUGCAGCAUGACGAGUUACAGCCGUAUCCGCCUACGUUGCGCGACCAACAGCGCCAGCAAGUACAGUCGUUCGCCUCCUAUGAGCCCGAGAUGGUAUACAACCUCGGCCAACAAGGACCAACGCAAUCCCUGUACGAAGUUGUGCCACAAUACGCAGCGCGGCAAUCUGCAGCGAUGGACACCUUGUCCAGCCAAUUUGCCGUUCCAGCCGUUCCACAGUAUUAUAAUGAGCCGACUGGGGCCGGGGUUCCGGCCGGCCCCAUUGGCCGCUCAAACACAGCGCAGCCCUUUCCCACAACCAUGGCGGACAUGACUCCAGUGGGCACAGCUGGACGCCUGGAGCCGUCGCCGCCUCCGCAACAACAGCAACCACAGCCACAACCGCCACCGCCGUCACAGGGAGUAUCCGAAAUCAACUUGAAUGAAGCGUAUGGGCAGUUUCAUCGAGCGUUGCGAGGGACCUUUGAUCAUACGCGUGCCGGCCGAUUGGUAGAGGCUAGUCGAUCACUCUUGGAAAUCUCCGAGUGGCUUGUGACUAAUGCGCGGGAACUGGGUCGUCAACCGCCCCAUACUAGGCUUCUCAGCAGCGAAGUCACGGAGAAUCUCGGCAAAGAGCUGAUUUCACUAUGUGAUCGAAUCGAGCAACAUGGCCUAGUGGACUAUCAGAUGGGUAUCUGGGAGGAAGAGAUUCUCUGUGUCCUAGGCCAGUGUUUGGAUCUCAUGGAAAGCCGACCAGAGGUCCUUCGCGCCCAUGCGAUCGUCGUCCCUGCCACGGCUACCUCGCGAUCCUAA